CGCCCUGUCCAGCUUCAAUUCAGCCUCCAGCCUGACACUGACCACUUCGCUGCCCUUCAGUCCAGAGAGUGAGAAACCAUGGCGAACACCAUCCUGCAGACCGCUGGCUUUGUUCUAGGACUGAUCGGAGUGGCAGCGGUCAUCGCCGCCACUGUUAUGAACAACUGGAGCACUAAAGAUCGGCAGGGCGACGUGGUGACCUCUGUCUACACCUAUAAGGGACUGUGGCAGGACUGUGAAGUGUCCACCUCUGGGUUCACCGAGUGCCGGCCGCUGUACGGAAUCCUGGGGUACUCAGGUGAGUUCCAGGCUGUGAGGGCGCUGAUGGUGAUCGGAGUUGUGCUGGGCUUAAUCGCCACUCUAAUCUCGCUGUUCUCUCUGAAAUGCUUUAAAAUGGGAAACACGGAGGUCUCCACCAAGGCCAAGAUGACCCUGACGGCUGGCAUCAUGUUCGUCACCGCAGGCAUCUGCGCCAUUAUUGGAGCGUCCAUUUAUGCCAACCAGAUAGUGACAAGCUUCGUCCAGACCACCUACAACACUAAUUAUGGAGGGAUGAACCAGAUGCAGAUGGAGGGGAUGGGGAUGAGCAUGGCCACCACGUACACAUUUGGACCCGCCCUCUUCGUGGCCUGGGUCGGAGCCGGCUUGCUGCUGAUUGGAGGAGUUUUGAAGUGUGUAGCCUUCAAAGGGAUGCAUGUUGACAGCAAACCCGCCUAUAAUACAGUUGCUUACAGAGUUCCAGCCCAGUCCCGGUCAGCUGAGGAGGGCAGUGAGAGAGCGCAGAAAUACGUAUGAGGAGAAGAAGACACAUUUUCUACUCCGAGAAUAUUUCUGCUUUAUAGAAUAAUCCUGCUUUAUUUACACUACAAUGUGUGUUUAUUUUAUUAUAUGUACAAGAGAAUCACCUUCAUUUACGGUCAGUGUAACCUUUAUCACAUUUAUUAUUCAAAAUAGUAAUAAAUAAGUAAUUCAAAUUCAUAAAAAUGUAAUGGGUUUUCAUCUAUUUUUCUAAAUUUCUAGUGUAUUAUGACAAAUUAUGAAUUCAUUUAGAUUUAGAUUGAUCUAUUUUUGCAUUUUGUAACAUAAGUGAAUUCUACCCUCAGAUUCUUGUUAAAAAAUAAAAAAAAUGAAACUGAUUGUGAGGGCAGAAAUUAAAUAUUAAAAACUGGAUGAAAACUCUUUGUUUUUUGUUUGUUAUUUGUUCUAUACAUUUUGUAAAUGGAAGAACCAGGGUUUUUUACCAAAUUUACUCUUUACAAAUGUAUCCUCAAACUGUCAUACAAUUAAACUGAUAAAUGUUACACUGACCUUUAACCACUGAUGUUUUUAAAUCUUCAAAUUUACCUGUUUGAUGUUGAAAUAUAAUGCGACAUGCUCUGAUCUUCAUUUUUGUUAUUACUAAAUCAAUUUGUCAUUUUUGUAAAAAUAAACAGACCUGAUAAACCCA